AUGAAGAGGGCAAAGCUUGAUACAACACAUAAUAAGAAAAAGGCAAAGCUUGAUAAAACAGAUACACAUUCUGCAGCUGUAGCUCCUCAGGAUGUUGAACUUGAAGAAGAAGCUGAUGACAUUGAUGUUGUGGAGGUAGAUGUUAAAGUAGAGGGUGAAGAAGAUCGUGUAAAACUGGAAAGGGAAAGGUGGUCUGAGGUAUGGAACUAUUAUACCAGACUUCCAAUUGGUACAGAUGGUAGGGAAAUGGCUGAAUGUGAUAAGUGCAAAAAAAGAUACAUUUGUGAAACAAAAAAUGGGACAUGUAGCUUGAGAAAUCACAUUGCAAAGUGUCCAAGAAGGGACAACAGUGACAUAGCACAAUUCAUUUUUGCAAAAUCAGGUGAUAAAGAGUUAUAUUUACAAGAUCUUAUAGAAGAUGUUAUGAAGCUGGAUAGCAAUGCCAAUGGUACACAUGAAGAAAUGGAGUCACAAGCUUGA